AUGUAUAUCCUUGCUCGAGGGAACGACGCUAUCAAGGUCAACCCUAUCACCGGUGUUGAUGAAUCACUGACCAUGCAUGGUUCUGACUGGCUAUGGGCUGUCACUGCUAUCUAUUGCUUCGUGCUCAUUGGUUGCCUUGUGAUGUCUUUUGCCGCAAAAGAAAGCCAGCGGGUCUUUCAUUACCUUUUCACCUUCAGUCUUCUGGUGGGCGCUAUAACCUACUACGCUCAAGCGUCCAAUCUGGGUUGGAGUCGCGUCGAUCAGGUGAACAAUCUCGGCAAUGGCGACAUCCGCCAGGUGUUCUGGGUCAAAUAUGUGAACUGGAUGCUGGCAUUUCCUUCGGUCACUCUCGCACUUGGGCUGAUCUCGGGUGUUUCCUGGACUACUAUCAUCUGCAACAUUUGUCUCUCUCUCUUCUGGGUUGGGAGCUACCUUGCAGGUGCCUAUGUGCCUUCCUCCUACAAAUGGGGAUUCUUCGCCUUUGGGACAUUUGCAUGGCUCAUUCUUGCUAUGAGCACCAUCAAUGAAAGCCGGGAAGCAGCUCACCUGGUUGGUAUUGAUAAGGAUUACAUCAUGCUUUCAGGUUGGACGAACCUCUUAUGGAUAAUCUACCCUGUUGCCUGGGGUCUGACCGACGGGGGCAACAGGAUUGGCGUUACGGGAAGUUCGAUCUUCUUUGGUGUCCUCGAUACCCUCAUGGUCCCCGUACUCAGCGCUGCCUUCUUGUUCUUCGCCCGGAACUGGGAUUACCACAAAUUGAGCAUUGCUUUUAGCGACAGCCGUCCUAGCCGGGAGACCGAUGCCGCAGCUGUGCUCAAAGAAAAUGCGCCCCAUGCGUCUGCAUAG